UAUUGUGAUUACAUGCCGAUUACACUGCGCUCAUGCUGAAUCCAAAAUUAGGCCCAGAAACACUUUUCGGUUGCGCUCUGAGAACGACGCACUUAAAUUUUGCAGUUAAGGUUUAAACAGUUAAAAGAAGAGGUUGUGACAAUGGGAUGUAUCAGAUCCCUCUAGGCCUUAGCACAGAUGCCUUUGCCAUUUGAAUGUUGCUUUAGCUGCAGUCAAACUUUACUCGACCAUGGGAAACAACUGUUGUAUUUACGAUUCUUCCGAAGACCUGAAUGCCAAGCCACUCAAGGAAACUUUCAUAGAAGAAAGAAAGCCAAAUGAAGCAACAGAAUUACCACAUAUAAGCGAUCGUGAAGACCUGUCAAAUCUAUCUGAAACUCUCUUUCUUGAAAGAUCAGUUAAUGGAAGGCCAAAUUUUAUCAAGCUUGCAAAUGGCACCUCAAAGUCUAAGCGUCAUACAAUUAUGCUCUCAUCUUCUAAUAAUGCAAUUUCAAAGAGCCCACAAGGUGGUAUGAGAAAGGCCAAUUCCUGUUCAACAAUUUUCAUAGAUGACAAUACUGUGAGUCAGCCAAACCUGAAAGCAAUGCUUAAGUGUGUCUCUCUGGCUGUAUACUAUCAUAUCAAGUCAAGUGGGAACGACAGCCGGCUGCUGGAUAUUUUUGAUGAGAAAGCUCAUCCUUUGUCUAGAGAGCCAGUACCUAGUAACUACUCGAAGAUUAAGCCAGAGUACAGACAUAUUUACAGGUUCAUGAAAACACUGUUCAACGCUGCUCAGCUGACUGCCGAGUGUGCUAUCAUUACACUGGUUUACCUGGAACGACUUUUAACUUAUGCUGAGAUCGAUAUCCACCCGAGCAACUGGAAAAGGAUAUUACUUGGGGCAAUUUUGUUGUCAUCGAAAGUCUGGGACGACCAAGCAGUUUGGAAUGUUGAUUACUGUCAGAUUUUACGUGACAUAAAAGUUGAGGCCAUGAACGAGCUUGAAAGAUCUUUCUUGGAACAUUUAGAGUUUAAUAUCAAUGUCCCCUCGAGUGUGUACGCCAAAUAUUACUUCGACCUCCGAGCUUUGGCAGAGCAAAACGAUUUGAUCUUACCUACGGAACCUUUGGAUAAAGAGAGAGCAAAAAAGUUGGAGGCAAUAACGAGAAUUUGUGAAGACAAAUUACAAGAUGUAUCGAUGAAAGCGCUCAACAGAUCAAGUAGUAUGGACGAUUUAAGGCGCAAGAGGCGAAGUAUUGCAGUUUUAUCCUAGUUAAGCUCGUCUUUAGAUGUUUUAUUCCACUGUAGUAAAACAAACGUAUUAUUUUUCUUUGAAAUAUGAGUAGCUAUCCCAUUUGUAGAUUUUCAUGACAGUUUUCGACCACAGUAUUAUUGUUCCCAGCCCCCUUACAACAUGAAACUGGCUUUAAUUGAAUAGGGUGUUAAGGAAAUGAGGUCACACAGUCAAUGGUCACUGUAAGCUCUUAUCUUAUAACGGGGCUAAUUCUGCCGCACCCUGAAAGGCCUGCUCUUUAUUCCAUUCGGCCACAGUAGUUUGGAUAAAGGCUAGCCAUUCAUCUUUACAAAAUUAGUGUCCGUACAUCUACUUUUGUGCUGGUUUAGCUUUCAGCGGGUCAAAAUAUUUCAUUCUGAUGGACUGUCCACAUUGUAGGCCCUUUUUCUCGUACCACUAGUAUGAAACGAAGAAAUGCCUAGAAACUCAAAAACACCUUUGCUGUUAACUUCGCCAAAUCGGGUCUUUGUUUUGAGAUCUAAACAAAGUACGGAUGUGGAUGCAAUAAUGUCGCCGUUUAAUUAAAAAUCGAUCUGAAAAGUAAAGUUGGUCAUACUUUCAUUUGUGAAAGGAGCAAGACAUAUUCUUGCUGCCAUUGCAAAAUUCCGAAAAAACACUUGUAUGGACAAUUCUUAUGCAGUUAAACGUCUGUCAGCCAAUUAAGAUGGCAAUUAAUUACAAAUAGCUCGCUGUCAAUCAUACGAUCCACUUUUGUAAGCACAAGGCAGAAAGGAUACACACAUUAUCCAGCCUUACUACUUUUGAUUUGUGUUAUGAAAGAAAUGAACGUUGCAAUUUUAUUUAUUUAGCUGCUUUUUGUAUCUUUGUGUAGUUAAUGAACAGAAGUAAAAAACGUUUUUACAUGCAGGUGUUGGAUUUAUGAUUCAACCCAUGAAUGCUAUGUUCUUUCGAGGUCCCAGGGAGUAUGCGACAUCUAAUUCCGGCAGGGGUGCCUUUAGGGUGCACGAAAUCCACACAUUCUGGUCUACAGACCGCUGAAACCUCCAAAAAUGAUUCCCAACUUUUUAAAAUAUUAGCAAUACCCAGCCUAAAUUUUGUUUGGAAACUUUUUGUCGAUCAAUCAAUGUAGCAAUCGUACCAUUUUUUUUAAAGAAUACAAGUUACCUUGCUCAAGUGAGAUAAAUGAAUCCAUCUCCAGUGGUAUGUACCCUCGGCUCGAGUGAUGAUAUCUCGGGAUAAAAUGCACUAUCUUUUCUUAAACUCGUUAUUGAUUUGAACAAUUGUAGUGUUGUAUAUUUUGAACUUAAGCGACUCCUAAGGGUCAUAUACGUCUCAAUCAAAGUGGCCAAACGAUUUA